CGCGCUAUCAAUAAAGUUUUUUUCAAACAAACACGGUGACGUCACAGGGCAAUGGCCGCUGGCAGCACUGCGGUAACGGUGCUCACACCUAACGGGCGGAGGCAAACGGUGAAAGUCUCGUCCAGUACGCCUCUGCUCCAGGUUCUGGAAGACGUUUGCAAGAAGCAUGGAUUUAAUCCAGACGACUAUGAUCUCAAGUUCCAGAGGAACAUUGUAGACCUGUCCCUGCAAUGGAGGUUCGCCAGUCUGCCCAACAAUGCCAAGCUGGAGAUGGUGCCAAGCACCCGCCAAAGAACCGGCCAGCGAGAGAGCACAAUCCGCAUCGCCCUGCAGCUGGAGGACGGCUCGCGGCUCCAGGAUUCCUUCUCCAGUGGUCAGACAUUGUGGGACCUCGUUAACCAUUUCCCUCAGACCAGGGAUCCGGAACCGCCGUCGUUGGAAUCCAUCCCCAUCUGUGUGUACAUGAGGGACGAGGUCGCCGGCGAGGAAGCCCUGAAAAGGACGACUCUGAAGGCUUUGGGUCUCACCGGAGGGAGCGCGAUCAUCCGGUAUGUGGUGAAGGUGGCCAAGUCCCCUGAAAACAGAGGAACCAUGGAGACUGUUGCCAUGGAGACGAUUGCCAUCGACUCGGAGACCAGAGACGCAGUGCCAAUGAGUGGCGAGGUCAGUCCCAUUGCCGCGGAGGCCGGCUUAGCGGUCGGCGCUCCUGCGGUCUCACCCCCCAAGUCCCCGCCCACCGAGGUGCCCCCAGACCAGGUGAUGGUGAACCCGUCUGGAGAGGAGCCCGCCCCGCCAGCAGUGCGCUCCAAAAGCAGGCCCACCCCGGAGUCACGGACCACCGAGGAGCAGGAGGAGCGUCCCGGUCCUUCUGGGGAGCUUCACGCACGGACCAGGGCGCCGGCUCCCAGCUCCGUCUCCAGAGCUGCCGAUUUUGUGCCGUUCUCCGGCGGCGGCCAGAGGCUGGGGGGCCCUGGGGCUGAGGGCCCGGCUACAUGGAGGGAGGCCCUGAUGAGUUCAGCCUCCGGGGGCCCGCCAGACGCCAAGAAGCACAAGCCAAGUCACGAGCACAAGGCUGUAGAGGUGGUCAGGAGCAGUGGGAGGGAGGAGGACCAGCGGCAAGGCGGGGAGCCGGAGCUCUUUCUGCAGCCCGUGGACAGGGAGCCGCUUGUGUACCACCUGGAUGUGGGGGUCCGGCGCAGUUCUGCGGACAACGAGCUGCCAGAUGAGUUCUUCGAGGUGACCAUAGACGACGUGCGGAAAAGAUUCGCCCAGCUUAAAAGCGAGAGAAAGAACUUGGAGGAGGCACCAUUAAUAACCAAGGCCUUGCGGGAGUCCCAGAUGAAGGAAAAGAUGGAGAGAUACCCAAAGGUGGUGGUAAGGAUCCAGUUUCCUGACAGACACAUCCUGCAGGGUUUCUUUCGGCCCUUGGAGACAGUUGGUGCCCUGAAGCAGUUUGUGAGUACCAACCUGACAGACCCUGCAAUGCACUUUUACCUCUUUAUAACUCCUCCAAAAGUCAAUCUGGAUGACCCCCACGCCACCCUGUUUCAGGCCAACCUCUUUCCAGCGGCCCUUGUUUACUUUGGCUCUGAAGUUAAGACAGAUUGUUAUCUACAGAGUGGGCUGCUUCAGUCCUGCGUGUCACCCACACAGGCCGAUGACAUCAUCGCAAGCUGCAUGCCCAGGUCGCCGACCCCAGCGUCCACCCCCCCGUUCUUAGUCGAGGCCUUUCCGCUUCCUGUGGCUGAGGGCGUCACGGCCAACCUUCCGGGGCAGGAGGAGGAGGAGGAGGAGGAGGAGGAGCCAGAGAGUGACGGCGGAGCGGGAAAGCCGGCCAGGAGUGACCCUGGAAAAGUGCCCAAGUGGCUCAAGUUACCGGGUAAGAAGUGAACCGCUCAGCCUGCCACCCAGGGGACUGCAGAGGCAGCGGAGGCCUGCGGAUCGGCCUCGACUCAGAGGCAGCAGAGGCCUGGCCACUGUGCAUGGAGACGACGCAGUUUUAUAACGAUGAUCGAAUAAAUAAGUUUGUUUGCCCAAC